AUGUUUCACAUGGACUCUGUUUCCAUCGUCCACUGGAUUCACAUGACAGAUGGAGACCCUCAUGCACACUCCUACAACAGUAAUGAAAACCAAGUGAACAACCAGAACCCAAACUUCAGAGGCAGGACGUCACUUUUCAGAGAUCAGCUCUCUAGAGGAGAUGCAUCGCUGCUGCUGACAGGAGUGAAAGUUCAGGAUGAAGGAAAAUACAAAUGCUAUGCCAGCACCAAUAAUGGAAGAAAAGAAUUAAAUGUCUACCUAAAUGUAGAAGCUCCGGUCUCUGAAGUAAACAUCCUGCAGGUAGAAAACAGGAUCAUCUGCAGCUCAGACGGGAUCUACCCUAAACCAGAACUCACCUGGUCCACCAUCCCUCCAUUCACAACCAUUUUAAAAUACACAUCUACAGUCAACUGGACCGAGGAUCAGCUUUAUAACAUCAGCAGCUCUCUGAUGGUUUCAGACCGAGGAUCUGACUGGAUCUACAGCUGCACUGUCAGAACCCGCAGCAACAAAGUCACCAAGUUCCUGAUAUGGAACAAAUAG